AUGAAGGGAGGAUAUCUUCUUCUCUCAGGCCUGCUGAGCUUGGCGCAAGUCGUGACUUCUGCUCCGACAGUCAAUCUUGCCCAGUCUUUGGCAGUAAGAGAUGAGCCCACGAAGGUUGUGAGCUCCGUCCCCAGCACGACAUUCGCCGACAAGACAAUAUUCUCCCCACCCACAGACGCUGGCUGGACGGAUCCCCGGGUUCUGUAUGCCCGGAUGAUCCAGCUCGAGAGCGGCGCCCUUCUUGCAACUUGGGAGAACUACUCCCCAGAGCCGCCACUUGUCUACUAUCCAAUCUAUCAGUCUCUCGAUGGCGGACUGAACUGGGCAGAAAUCGGCCGUGUCACAGACGACGUCAACGGUUGGGGUAACCGAUACCAACCGUUUCUCUAUCAAUUGCCACAAGCUAUUGGUGAUUUCCCUGCUGGAACUAUUCUCUGCGCAGGAAAUAGCCUUCCUUCAGAUCUUAAGCACACCAAAAUCGACGUGUAUGCAAGCAGAGAUCAAGGCUUCACGUGGGAGUUUGUUAGCAGUGUCGCUAGUGGAGGCGAGGGUCGACCGGUGAACGGCUUAACGCCCGUCUGGGAACCCUUCAUCCUGACCUACAAGAACCAGUUGAUCUUGUAUUACGCUGACCAGCGUGAUCCAGCUUAUGGCCAAAAACUGAGCCACCAGGUCACCACCAACCUUCUAGAGUGGUCCGACCCUGUGAACGACGUUGUGACUGUCGGCAACUACGAGGGCCGCCCUGGCAUGCCCGUUAUCACAAAGCUACCAAAUUGCAAUUACAUCUUUACCUACGAACAGUGCGGCAACGACGGCUGCAGGAUUCACUACCGCCUCGGCCCUGACCCGCUGGACUUCCUCAACGCGCCUGACUACUCGGUCCGCUCUGACAAGGGGACAAGGCCAUCGAGCUCUCCCUAUGUGGUCUGGAGUAGCCUUGGCGGGGGCAAUGGAACAAUCAUCCUCAGCGCCGCAACUACAGACAAGAUCUACGUGAACAAGAAUUUGGGUGCCGCGGACUCAUGGAUCGAGUUCAACACGCCGCAGCCUCGGGCUUACACCAGGGCUCUCAUGGUCUACCGCGAUGAUCCUAAUCUUCUGGGCAUUAUUGGCGCGGGGUGGCUGCCACCAAGUGCCGUCAACUACGUUAGCAAUGCUGCAAUUGAUUUGACCGCGUUGGGUGUCUGA